AUGAGCCCACAGUACCCUAGAAGCUCCCUUUUGAACAGCAGCAGCAGCAGCAACAGCAGCAGCAGCAGCAACAGCAGCAGCAGCAAGGCCACCGGCAGCUCCAAUACAGGAAGCACCGAGGACAGUAGUGGGGACAGCAGCAGCAGCAGCAACAACGGCAGCGGCAGCAACGGCAACAGCGGCAGCAACAGCAGCAGCAGCAGCAGCAAAAGCAACAGCAGCAACAAUAAUAGCAGCAGCAGCAGCAGCAGCAGCAGCAGCAGCAGCAGCACUGAUGCCAAUGGCGCCAAGCCGAAGCCUCGCCGUCCCCUAGUCAUCACAGAAAGUGCUGAGCAGAAGCUGAAGGCAGGCGCAGCAGCAGCAGCAGCAGCAGAAGCAGCAGCAGCAGCAGCAGCCGUAGCAGCAGCAGCAGCAGCAGCAGCAGCAGCAGCGGCAGCCUUGGCAAUGCAGGUAAUAAGCACAGCCUCGUUGUUUGUUGUGCUGCAGGAGAUGAUAGCAGCAGAAGCAGCAGCAGCAGCAAAGGAAGGCAGCAGCAGCAGCAGCAGCAGCAGCAACAAGCCGCUGCUGCUGCGCCUCGCCGUAAAGUCGGGCGGCUGCAGCGGCCUCAGCUAUGCCUUAGAGAAGAUCGAGCAGAGCGACCUGCGCGCAGAAGACCACGUGGAGAGCUUCGACUUCGGAGUGUCUUUUGCAAUUGAUCCAAUUUCUUUCUUUUAUGUCUUCGGCACUGAACUCGUUUACUCCCGAGACCUCAUGGGCGGCGGCUUCAACGGGAGCAGCACCUCCGCCGCUCACGAACAGCAACAGCAGCAGCAGCAGCAGCAGCAGCAGCAGCAGCAGCAGCAGCAGACGUGUGGGUGUGCUGCAGACUGGCGAACCCCAACGCCUCCCGCACUUGCGGCUGCGGUUUAUCUUUUGGAGUCCCUCGGGACUUCAAGCCAGCUUCGCCAAUUAAGCAGCAGCCCACUAAGUGCAGCGGCAGCAGCAGCAGCAGCAGCAGCAGCAGCAGCAGCAGCAGCAGCAGCAGCGGCAGCAGCGGCAGCAGCAGCAGCGGCAGCAAGAAUGGCGGCUGAUGCAGUGCUUGGGGCCGCAUGUAUUGCUGUGGCUGCACACACACACAAGGCUUAG